AUGCCGCUUGGGAAAAAGUUUCGGUCUUCUUCAGCUUCUGGAAGAUUAGAAACCAAACAUGUGACCAGCAUCCUGUCUGAGCUGAGAGGUACAGGAGAUAAGACAAGGAACACAACUGGGCCAGAAAAAGCAGAUGACUCCUCAGCACCUUGGCGAGUGGGUGUUGGUGAGGACAUAAAGGAGCAGCCUGAAUGGCUGGUUCGAGAGCUACUGAAACAGAACCACAGAAGACACUCUGUCACACUUGGAGAUAAAGCUCAAAUAACAAGAUCUCGGCACCACAUUAUUUAUUCAUCUCAGAGCUUGGAGAGCAAUGUGCAAAUUCAUGGGCUAUUUAAGAAGAUUGAUUACUUAGGCCAAGGAAAGAUUUCAUGGGGGGAGUUCUGCACAUACAUGCUGCAGGAGUAUAAAGGGAAGGAGGAAACUCUGAGACGCAGUGAGCAAGUGGCUUUCACUCUGCCAGCCAUCUUGAAUGAUUAUGGCCAUGGCAUUCCUAAUGUCAGCAUUCACUUCACUCAUGAUGGCACCAUGGUUACAGUUCGAGAAGAUGGAUUUGUUUGUCACUGGAGUCCUGACCUUAAACCCCAGAAGACCAAACACGUGUUUAGUGAAGGACCUGGUAAUAGAAAGUCAAAGUGGGCAAGUGAUUUCACGUUGAUGAUGGAGUACAGCAAGCUGAUGAUUGGAACAGGUGACAGAGAGAUCCAGAUUUAUGAACUUUUCUCUCUGGAGCCUUAUUGUCAGAUAAGUGCCUUGAACACCAUCCCUUUAACUUUAGAUUACAGCUACACUGGCCCUGAUAAAUGUUGUGUUGUGUAUGGAGAUGCUGAAGGAUGUGUUACUAUAAUUUUGAUAUCAUCUGCUCAAGAUACCCUCAGAUUAUGGAAUAAAUUACCAAAGAAUGAAAAUAUACCCAACAUAGCAAUUGACAAUGCAGUGCUUUCUCCAAAUGUGACAUUUGUCAGAUGGAAGGUUCAUCAUGACUGGGUGACACAGGCAAAGUAUUUUCCGGCUUUUCAAGCUGUUGUCUCUUCAUCAAGUGAAGACUCUUCCUCUCUCGUUAUAGAUUCUGCUCAGCAGUUAAAUGAAAUCAAAGAGGUUUGCUACGAGGGGAAAACCAAAAAGAUCCAACUGAGCUGGACUCCACAAGUCCGGGCAUUAUGUGAUCAGACGGUCUUCAAAAUCCACAAAGGUGUGAAGACUUUUGACCUUUGUGAGAAACACAGUUUACUGGUAACCGGAGGCAUGGACAGACUCAUACGGCUGUGGAACCCACAUUUUUCUGGGAAGCCUACUGGUAUUUUGAGAGGCCACUCUGCUCCCAUCUUCUUCCUCUGUGUAGCCUCAGAGGACAGUCGGAUAUUUUCUGUCUCCACAGAGGCCACAGUUAAAAUUUGGCACAUUCAGAAUCAGUAUUGUUUGUUCACAGCAGACCCCACAGCCAACAAGAUACAUGGGGAUAUAUCUGCAUGCUCAUAUUCUCCUACUUUGAAAUCUCUGUACAUUGCAGCAGACUGCAUGGCUGUGCUCCCCCUGAAGUGGAGGCCAAGCCUUCACAGUCGCUUCACCAUUUCACAUAAUGAGCCUGUGAUGUGCUGCGGCUACAGCGAGGAGUUUCGGCAAGUCGUGAGCUGCAGUGAGGGAGCUGUGAUCAAAGUUUGGGACUUUGACACUGGCCGUCAGGUUUUAGAGUUUGAUGGCAAGCAGGAUCUGACCGCCAUCACAUGCAUGACAUUUGACUCUAAAGGGAGGAGACUCAUCACGGGUGGAAGAGACGGAUGCUUGAAGAUAUGGAAUUUCAAUAAUGGUCAAUGUCUGAAGACUUUAAAGAAGGAUGGUAAAUGCCACGAAGUGUUCGACUGCAUCUUUCUCAAAGUUCACAGGAAUUUAGACCGGAGGAUUGACAUUUACGCUGACAAUGUUUGGGACCUGCAUCAUGUCCAGAGACCACAGCCUUCAUGGCACGAUGAUCUGAUAAAUGGCCAUAAGGGGGACAUCCUUUGUGUGGCACACUGUCCUCCAUCUCUCGUUGCCACCAGCAGCUAUGAUGGAGAGAUUAUAGUAUGGAAUGUCAGUUCUGGAUCUAUACAUUGUCGGCUUGUCAACUCUCUUGACGCUGAGCACCAAAAUGCUGAAGAUCUGGAUACAAGUGUUCCAAGCAUAAUUUUCCUGAACAAUCCCAAACUGCAGCAGUUUUCCUCAACUACAGCUCUCCUGUCAUCUGGUAUUAGAGGUUGUGUGAAUCUCUGGAACGUGCUCAACAGAGGAAAACUUGUGAGCCACUUCAAAGCAUCUAAAUUCCAACAAAAGGUAACAAAACUGGCCAAAGCAGAUAAGGACACAAUGCUGUACACGGCUGAUAGAAUUGGUUACAUCUAUGUUUACAACAUUGGGAAGUUUGACCCUGAGAAAAAAUCACCCAGAGCUGAGACCUUCUGGCGUGCUCACACCAGCACAAUAACCGGCCUGCAGAUCGUUGACAGUGAUCAAGUGGUGCUUACCUCAUCCACCGACUACACUGUGCGCCUUUGGAGUGCUCAGGGAGAAUUCAUUGGGACCUUUGGGCAGCCCGACAUCUGGAACGUCCACAACCCCUCAUCCUGGAUGCAUCCUGAUGUCCCCUAUGAGGUUCUGGUUGAUCCUCUCAGUAUGCCAUAUGAUGACACUCUGAAUGAAAAUUCAUGUCUUUCUGAAGCCAUCAAUCCUGACAAGACUGAGGCCGAUAGAGGGGAACUAAAGACCCUGUGAUGAAACUGUCAGGAAAACUAACGUGAUGGAACCACUGGGCUCUGAAAGGCUUUGAUUCAGUAGAGCCACUGAACACCAGCGAAACACCUGAACUCUCUCGCUGGUAUUGAUCCUUUCAUAAGCCACGCAGAAGAACUAGAGUCAACUGAAUAAGAUUAGACUGUAUUGAUCAAAAUUGAGAAACUGGGUCAUUGCAACAUCCAUUGCUAUAAAGUCAGAUCAAAGUAGAAGAAAACCGAAUAAAAUAAUAGCAAGAAUUAAGUCUGUUUGCAGUAAUACACAGCAUGAGGUAGAAUGAUCAGAG